AAGAAGUAUCUCAUUUGGUCGUCAGAAGAUUUUCUGAUUUGAUUGAAAGAAAGAGAAAAUGAAUGGUGAUCUUGAUGUUGAUAUGUCUAGAGGAGAUUUCAAUGCAAGUUAUUUUCUUGGAAAGCUUAAAGAUGAUGAGUUUGAGAGUAGAUCAUUGAGUGAUGAUAGCUUCGAUGCAUUGUCUGGUGAUGAGGAUAAACAAGAACAACGUCCUAAGAAGAAGAAGAGGAAGACAAAGUAUCAUAGGCACACUUCUUACCAGAUUCAAGAACUCGAAUCUUUCUUUAAAGAGUGUCCUCAUCCUAAUGAGAAGCAAAGGUUGGAACUUGGAAAAAAACUUACUUUGGAAAGUAAGCAAAUCAAGUUUUGGUUUCAGAAUAGAAGAACACAAAUGAAGACGCAACUAGAGCGGCAUGAGAAUGUGAUUCUCAAACAAGAGAAUGAAAAACUGCGGCUCGAAAAUAGUUUCCUUAAAGAGUCAAUGAGAGGUUCUCUGUGUAUUGAUUGUGGUGGAGCAGUUAUACCUGGUGAAGUUUCAUUUGAGCAGCACCAACUUAGGAUUGAGAACGCUAAGCUUAAGGACGAGCUUGAUAGGAUUUGUGCUUUAGCAAACAGAUUCAUUGGUGGGUCUAUUUCACUUGAGCAGCCUUCAAAUGGUGGGAUUGGCUCACAGCAUUUGCCUAUAGGACAUAGUGUCAGGGGUGGAACUUCACUGAUGUUUAUGGAUCUUGCCAUGGAGGCUAUGGAUGAGUUGUUGAAGUUAACAGAAGUGGACAAUCUUUUAUGGAGCGCAAAGAUUGAGAAAGAAGCGAUGAACCAUCUUGCAGGUUCAAGAGAAACUGGUUUAGUUCUCAUCAAUAGCUUGGCUCUAGUAGAGACACUUAUGGACACGAACAAAUGGGCAGAAAUGUUUGAAUGUAUUGUCGCGGUUGCAUCAACCGUUGAAGUGAUAUCCAACGGUACUGAUGGAUCAAGAAGCGGCUCUCUUCAAUUGAUGCAAGCAGAGUUUCAAGUGAUGUCUCCAUUAGUUCCAAUCAAACAAAAGAAGUUUCUUAGAUACUGCAAGCAACAUGGAGAUGGUUUGUGGGCGGUGGUCGAUGUUUGUUAUGAUAUAAACAGAGAAAAUGAGUACUUGAAGUCGUAUGGUUGCUCUAAGAAGUUUCCUUCAGGCUGCAUCAUACAAGACAUAGGCAAUGGUUGCUCCAAGGUGACAUGGAUAGAACAUUCAGAGUAUGAAGAGAGUCACGUACACUCGCUUUACCAACCGUUGCUCAGUUCUUCGGUUGGGUUAGGCGCAACCAAAUGGCUUGCGACUCUACAGAGACAAUGCGAAAGCUUCACGACCCUAUUGUCUUCUCAAGAUCACACAGGUUUGUCACUUGCUGGAACUAAGAGUAUACUAAAGCUUGCUCAGCGUAUGAAGCUCAACUUUUACUCGGGCAUAACUGCUUCGUGCAUUCACAAAUGGGAGAAGCUUCUUGCUGAGAACGUGGGACAGGACAUGAGGAUACUGACAAGGAAGAGCCUUGAGCCGUCUGGUAUUGUCCUGAGCGCCGCAACAUCUCUGUGGCUACCAGUGACUCAGCAGAGACUCUUUGAGUUUCUGUGUGAUGGUAAAUGCAGAAACCAGUGGGAUAUUUUGUCUAAUGGUGCUUCAAUGGAAAACACGCUUCUCGUCCCAAAAGGACAACGGGAAGGAAGCUGCGUCUCUCUUCUUCGUGCUGCUGGGAAGGAUCAAAAUGAGAGUAGUAUGCUCAUCUUGCAAGAGACAUGGAAUGACGCUUCUGGUGCACUAGUGGUAUAUGCGCCUGUCGAUAUCCCAUCUAUGAAUGUUGUUAUGAGCGGUGGAGAUUCAGCUUAUGUGGCGCUUCUUCCAUCAGGGUUCUCGAUAUUGCCUGAUGGAUCAUCAUCAUCGUCUGAUCAGUUCGAUACCGAUGGAGGUUUGGUGAAUCAUGAAAGCAAAGGAUGUCUCUUGACUGUAGGAUUUCAGAUCUUAGUGAACAGCCUACCGACAGCAAAACUCAACGUGGAAUCUGUUGAAACUGUUAACAACCUCAUCGCUUGCACCAUUCACAAGAUCAGAGCUGCUCUUCGUAUACCUGCUUAGCUAAAUUUCUAGGACCUAAUCUUGUUUCUC